AAAGAACAUAGGGUACUAGGAUUUGCCCUCUGUUAGGCUUUUGGAUUUUAUGUGCAUUUCUUUGCAAGAACAAACAGUGACUUGGACUAGUUCUUAUAAAAGAGCUUGGUCCUCCACCCAAAACCCCCCUAACUCUUUUCUCUCUUUUUUUCUUCCCUCUCUCUCUCUCUUUCUCUCUCUUUCUCUAUACUCCCUCUCUUCCCUUCCCUCCAUUUCCCUUUCCUCUUUCUUUCUUUCAAAAAAGUAUCAAUUGUGAUUCUGAGAGUUGAGAAAUGGACAAUCAGCGUAGCCCCCUUCUAACAUGGGCUUACUACUUCCAGGGAAAGUCAAUGGAGGAGCUGAGGCAAUCCCUCAUAUACACAACUCUGGAGCUUGAACAAACAAGGGCUGCAGUGCAAGAAGAACUCAGAAAGAGGGAUGAUCAACUACUUAACCUGAAGGACCUGCUUAACAAAACCAUGAGAGAAAGAGAUGAAACACAAGAGAAAUACAAGAGACUUCUCUUGGAGAAGCUAGUUUUUCAGCAGCAGCAGCAACAACAAACAGCAAAUAUGUCUGGAAUUUCUAGCAUUGAAGAUGAACCAAGGAGAGGAAUCGACUCCAACAAUGGCCUCUCAUCAUCAGAUUGUGAAGAAAGCAUUGUUUCUUCUCCUGUCAUUGAGCACUUACCUCAACCCCAAUUGGCACCACCACCACAACCACCACCAUUAGCAUCAGUUACACAGUCCAUGAUUGAACUAACACCUGACAAACCAUUACCAGAAAAAGGUAAGCUUUUACAAGCAGUGAUGAAAGCUGGUCCUCUUCUCCAAACACUUCUCCUAGCAGGACCACUUCCUCAAUGGAGACACCCACCACCCCCACUUGAGUCCUUUGAGAUUCCACCUGUUACUAUACCUUCACCACCACCACCACCACCACCUCCACCACAACUCCUCCACCAAGAUUCCUUUUUUAACACUAACGGUAGCAGCACCACAACCAACUGUGGAAGGGUCAGUAGAAAAAGGGUCUUUUGUGAUGGCUCUGAUUCUCCCACAGAGGCUAAGUACCAAAGGGUUGUACUUCACUGACUUGUACUUAAGUCAGAUUUUCAUUUACCCUCCUAGUUAUUAAUUUAUAUAUAUUUGCAACUUCAUAGGAUUAAAUGUUAGAGGAUAUAUAUAUAUAUGUAGCAAGCUGGUAUGCAACUGAUCUAGCAGCAUCAUCUGUACAGUGGUUUGUUCUAGGACACAACACAAGUUAUCCGGAUUUAACUCAUUGAGAGAAGACCAUGAAGAAGAAGAAAAAAAGUGCUUGAUUUAGGCUUUCCGGCAAUGUUUGGGUGAAGAAUUUGUCCUUGGCGAUUUCUCUUCACAUUCUACUUUUGCAUCCUCAAGUAAAAGGGGCCUUGAUUUCUCUGAAUUUAUUAUGUGACUAAGGUAGUGUAGUCUAGCAAGCAUGUGGUUUUUGAGUACUGUGUGUGUGUGUGUGUGCGUUUUUGAUGGAGUGAGAUUGAUCUCUAUAAGAUCACAUCAACAAUUAAGAGAAUGGGUGUGGAGUGGUUAGAUUGGGAGAUGAGUGUGACCAACAACCGAAGGGGUGGUCUUUGAGCUCUGCUUGCGGGGUUGGGUGGACCCAAAAAUUAGGAACACAGGAUCUUUCACUGGUGUGAUGUAUGAUUAUGUUAAGCCUUUGUUAGGGAUGUUAUGAUUAUUCGGGUCUAAUCUUGUGCUUUUUUCCAAAUAUUAUUUCUACUUACUUUUAUAUAUUACCAAUUUACCUAAGUCCAUUUUUGGUAUCUGCUCCCACUCAAACUGUUUUAAUUUACGUUGUUUUUAUAAUUCCAAUAUGAGCGCGCAAAUAUUUCUUCCAGUGGAAGGGCAGAUAACCUUGACUCAUGCUAUAUAUUAUGGUUUAUGCCAAAAAGAAAAAGUUAAAUCAUCUAGUCUCAAAAUAUUUCUUAUUGUUGCAGUAAGUCCCUUGUCACUCACUCUAUUUCUAUGCCAUUUCCUCUUCUGAAAAACUCCGUUUAUUGCCGAGCUGUCUUGUUGGCACCCUUCGCUUGUUUGACAACUACUUUAGGCCUGUAUGUUAAACUCGCGUAAUUGAUUCCUUCAAAAUCCAAAAUUUAUCAUUGGCAUCUAGCUUGCACAUCAAAUCAUGUAUGACUUUUUAUUUAUACUGUUGAUUUUUGUUUGGAAACAAAUUUUAAUUUGAAAAAACGAAAAUUAAUCAAGCACCCAUAGACUUUUAAGAUUUAUUUUUUAAAAAUAAUGCAAAUCAAUCAUAAGGUUAUUCUAACUAACUAACUAAGGCCUCAAUUUUGAAUCCUUAAAAAUACAAUUGAGUUGAGAUAUUGGAAUAAGAAUCACCUUAGACUUUCCAUGG